AUGUCGCACCAGAAUCUCGCUGUAUUUGAUUUCGACUGGUCGCUUAUAGAGGAAGACAGCGAUUACUGGACGAUUCAGAAUCUGUCACCGGUGCAGUGGGAGAAAGUCAAAACCCUGGCGGGUAUGCAGUGGACCGAUUUGAUGGAUCUAUCGGUGAAAGAAAUCCAAGAUCAGGGCGUAACAAAGGACCAGUUUAUGGCUGUUCUGGAAAAGAUCCCGUUUACAACCGCGAUGCUCAACACACUCAAAGUGCUGCAUUCUCAUCACACGCGUGUUUUGAUUCUAUCGGAUGCCAACACCUUUUAUAUCGAUACCAUUCUCCGCGCCUACGGUGUACGAGACUUAGUAUCGGAUAUCAUUACCAAUCCAGCCUAUACGGAUGAAAAGCAUCGUUUCCGUAUUCAGCGACAUAUUCCCGCCAGCGAUCCUCCGCAUCAAUGCCCCAAUUCGUGCGCAGUGAACAUCUGUAAAGGGCAGGAGUUGGACAAGUACAUUGCCACACAUGGCCCUUUUGAGCGAGUGAUGUACGUCGGUGAUGGAAAGAACGAUUAUUGUCCAUCCACACGUUUACGCGAAACCGACCGUCUCUUUGCCCGUUCCGGCAAAUCGCUCAGUGCCAUGUUAAAGAACGAUCCGGAAGCAGCAGCCAAAAUCAAAUCAAACAUCACAUUUUGGGAGACUUCGGAAGUCGUUUUGAAGGCUGUGGAAGAUGAGCACUUAUAA